AUGACCGAAGAAGAACUAGUUUUUGAUCCUUCCAUCAAAAAGAAGAAAAAGUCCUCCAAGUCUAAGUCUAAGACUAUCGAAGCCGAACAACCCGAAUCAGCAUCAGCACAGGCUUCAACUGAUGCAAAUGGUGCCGAUGAAAUUACCGACCUGAUGGCUAGUCUUGCCACGAAAAAGAAGAAAACUAAAAGUAAAUCUUCUGCUUCUGCUUCUGCUUCUGCCGCUGAUGAAGAAUCAACUACUACUGAAUCGCGGCCUGAUUCUGCAGCCGACGGCGCUACUGCCGGUGGCGAAGAUGCCCCCCUCUUUGACGCUAAAAAGAAGAAGAAGAAAAGCAAGGCUGCUGCCGCCGCUGACUUUGAUGCUCUGCUGGAAAAGGCCGGUGUUUCCGAAACUAAAAAGGAAAAAAAGAGUAGUAGCAGUAGCAGCAGCAGCAAUGCUGUCAAGGAAGCUACACCAGCCGUCAAUGAGCGUGGUGAGCGGGACUUUACUUACCCAGAGCUUUUGACCCGUUUCUUUAAGAUUCUCGCAGACAAUAACCCUGAACUGGCCUCUGAACGUCCAGACCAGAAGUACAAGAUUCCUCCUCCAGAGGUCAAGCGUGAUGGUAAAAAGACUUUGUUUGUCAACAUUAAGGAAAUCUCCGACCGCCUACACAGACCCACCGAUCAUGUCACCUCCUUCUUGUACGCAGAGUUGGGUACUACCGGUUCCGUCGACGGUUCAAACCGUUUGGUCAUUAAGGGCCGUUACCAACAAAAACAAAUUGAAACCGUCUUGCGCAAGUACAUUGUCGAGUAUGUCACUUGCAAAACUUGCAAGUCCAUCAACACCGUCCUUAAAAAGGAAAACAGACUGUUCUUUCUCGACUGUAACUCGUGCGGAUCUCGCCGCUCUGUUUCCUCCAUCAAGACGGGUUACCAGGCUAUUAUCCGCAGACAAAAGGUUUAA